UUUUAUCUUGCAAUUCAUUUUGGGAAUUAAUGAACAUUUCUUUACUAUUUAUAUUGUUUUUGACAGCCAAAAUUUAUUUUAUCACUUCUUUCAGAAGAUUUAUGAACUUCAAAAUAUGUAUAUAGUUAUGAAAAACUUUAGUUUAGUCUAUGUUUCUAGAAAGCAAAUUUAAGCGUUGAUAUAAAAGGAUUAUAACAGAUAAGGUGAGCUACAAAGAAAAUGCUGUUCACUUUGACAUGUACAUUACUCGGGUUGCUGCCAUUUGUUUCAGGACAAUGUCCGGGGAAAGCGGAUAUAGUAUUUGCUGUGCCGGCUUCGGAGCUUAUACCAGGACAAGAGUUCUUUCCAUUUGAAAGAUUUCUUAUCAACUUGGUCAGCUAUUUCCGGCUCGAUAGAGAAAAUGUGAACAUUGGACUUAUACUCUACGGCAAAACACCUAUUCCUAUUAGCUGGCCUCAGCCGUUUAAAUCGGCGAAACAAAUUAAUACAAGAAUAACCUUGAUGAGUCAGCGCCUGAACUACAUCGAUCUGCUGAACGGCGGAAAUGACGUAGCUUCAGCGAUAAAAAUGAUGCGUCACAUGUUUCGAGAUCCCACUGGUCACCCAAUGCCAAAGCCGAGAGAUGGCGUGAAAAAGAUCGGAGUAAUUUUCACAUAUAGCAGCGUUCCUGAAAAUGAGCGUCAGGAAGUUAUAACCGCGGCCGAAGAACUAAAAUCUGAUGGCGUUGUCGUCUACGCUGUGGGUAAAGGAAAAGCGGGUCCAGAGUUUGCCGCCAUUGGCUCAGAUUAUUGUAAGUCUUUCUCCAUGGGACGCUUUAUAGACGGUCUGCCAAGCGUCUUGGCGUUUUUGGGAAGCAGCAUUUGCUCAGAAAUGGAUCCAAACGUCAACGUGUCUGCUCUGAACUGUUUUCCGCAACUGUACCAGCGGAAGGAACCAGAGCCGAUCAAGUGUUCAUCAAAGUCUAUCUUGUUUCCCGACCCGGAAAACUGCGCUUAUUUUUACCAUUGUUUGUUCAGAAGACCUGUUCAGGAACCCUGCCCUAUUGGGAUGUUGUUUGACCCUAUUGCUCAGUCAUGCAAUUACAAGGAGUUUGUCUCGUGCUACUCGGAUAUAGACUGUCCCAAAAAGAACGGUCUUUUUCCGCAUCCAUCAGACUGCAGCAAAUACGUCAACUGUUUCGACUUCCGGCCGUAUAUCCAAUCAUGUCCGUUCGGAUUGUGGUUCGACGAGAAAACGGGCGGUUGUGAGUCGGCAGGCAAAGUCGCGUGUCGAAUGUAUUAAAAAUUUUAACUGCAUAUAUUCUAAACAUGCCAGUUAAAUUCUUACGGCAGCGUUGUGUGCACCAAUGCCUAAUACAUGUAUAGUCAGUGUUUUCAGCGACUGUAAAAAUGACGUUUUAUGAAGCUUCUUGUAUAUACAUGAGCGUCUGCAAGUAGGCGUCUUGAAACCUGAAACACCUUGUAACCAAAGCUCCUUAAAUCUGCCGUCACAGGUGUUUGUGUACUCGGGAACGUUUGAAUGUGGGGAGAACAGGGGCAGAUAUGCUUUACAAGUUGCAAAACUAGAAAAAUGAAUAUAAAAAUGUACAGGUGUGUUUAAUAAAUGAGAUUACUUUUUAAAAAAAAAAUCCUCAAUUUUCAAUUUUUGUACUCAGCUUAUUUUUUAUUCGAUUAUGAUCACUCAUAUGCUUUAACAUGUUAACAUGUUAACUUUUGUUUCUGCCGCAUGCAAAAUAUUGUCACGGCCCUUUGAAGUAUGCCAGGGGUGUUGAACUUACAAAUAAAUGCCGUUUUUAAUUAGCAAGCAUGUCGUUCAAACAUCAAAUCAUACUGUUAAUUAUUUCCAUUUUAUCUGUGAAAAAUGACAUUUCAUGAAUAAACCAGAUAACGAAAA